UGGUCAUAUGAUCAUUUACGUUUUCUGAACUUUUGGUUUAAUAGCUGAAAGUGAUUGUAUAAAUGACUGUGCACAGUCAUGUAUGAAGAUGUAUCUGAUAACCAUUAAUAAAGAGUUUUUCUGCUUUGAAAGUGGACGUAGUUUUUAUGGAGUAAUCACUCUCAAAGCAUAAGUGGAUCUCUUAAUUAAAGUGUUUGUGCUAGUUGAUUGACCUUUAGGCCUCGGUGAUGGGUAAAGAAGGUAUUGGUCAUAGUGCAGAAAGGAAAGCUACAAAGCAUCCAAUAUACAUAGGAGUAAGAAAAAGGAAGUGGGGAAUGUGGGUGUCAGAAAUUAGAGUGCCAAAUAAUAACAAGAGAAUAUGGCUGGGCUCAUUCCCCACACCAGAGAUGGCAGCUAGGGCACAUGAUGCAGCUGCUUUGGCCUUAAGAGGGGACUCUGCCAAAUUAAAUUUCCCUGAAUUCCUUCACUCUCUUCCUCACUCCCCAUCAUUAUCUGGCACAGACAUACAGGCUACUGCCAUGCAAGCUGCCUAUUCAUCCUCUCAACAACAAUCCCAGCUGUCCUCCAACAACAGCCACAAUGAUUGCAUGAAGCCAGAGCUCCUUCAACAGAAGCCAUCAGCUGAGGAUGAAUCCACUGAUAUUGAAAUAAUUUACAAUAUUGAGAUGGACGAGUGGUUGGAUUUGCAAAAUUUGCUGAUGAACAGUGAAGAUGAUCUGCUGAUCGAUUCUAUUGCAGAGGAACAAGGAGAGGAAUUGAUAUCGACUUGGAAUUGAAAUCAAGCCUAUGCAUGAUGUCUGGGUAAUGAUAAAUAAUGUAAUCCCUUAAUUGUGGAUGAUUCAAGUUGAAAUUACGCAACCAUAAAUUUAGGACUUACAUAGGAGGUUUGCAUAUGUGGCAGCUACAGAAAAUGUUGAGAAAUACUAAAGAUCCCUUGUAGGCUUAAUUAUUGCACUAAAUGCUUAAAUUAUUUUGAAAGAUAAAAGAUAUAUAUCUGUUUUUCCUCUGUUC